GCGAGAAUAACAUAUACACACAGACACACACACACUCGCUCGCGCGCUGUCUCUCUCUCUCUGUCUCACACACACAGUCCGGUUCGGUUCGCAUGAGGAAGAAUUAUCAAGAUAAUUCACUUUAAACAGCGAAUAAAGCGAAUUCUGCUCCGUUAGCGAACAAGUUAUAAAACUGCUGCUAAUCCGGUUCAGCUAACGGCUUCUGCUGACGGACUUUCCGCUGCGUGUCUGUGUGUUUUGUUCUGAAUUUGACAGCUCGGUUCCGAGACCACAGGAAACUCCUCGGAAAGUUCCUUCAGCAUGGCGGAGACCGCAGCAGCCCCCGCGGCCAAAGCCAAGAAGAGCAAAAGCCCCAAGAAGACGACCUCGCACCCCAAGUACUCGGACAUGAUCAAGGCGGCCAUCGUCGCCGACAAGAGCCGCGGAGGGGCGUCCCGUCAGUCCAUCCAGAAGUACGUGAAAAGUCACUACAAGGUGGGCGACAACGCGGACUCGCAGAUCAAGCUGGCCCUGAAAAGGCUGGUAGCCAGCGGGCUCCUGCGCCACACCAAGGGCAUCGGAGCGUCCGGCUCGUUCAAACUCGCCAAAGCGGAUGAAGUGAAGAAGCAGCCAGCCAAGCCCAAAGCGGCCACCAAAGCAAAGAAGUCUCCAGCCAAGGCAGCCCCCAAGCCCAGAAAGGCCCCCAAGCCCAAGAAGGUGGCCAAGUCUCCAGCCAAAGCCAAGAAGAGUAAAGCGCCGGAGAAGAAGGUGAAGAAGGCGGCCGAGAAGAAGAAGAGCCCCGUCAAGGCUAAGAAAGUGGCCAAGAAGCCCAAGGUGGCCAAAGCGGCCAAAGCGAGCAAAGUGAAGAAAGUGAAGACGGCCAAGCCCAAACCGAAAACAGCCAAGAAAGCAGCUAAGAAGAAGUGAAGGGGGUGACGGGAGGUCACUUCAAUGUUCAUCCAGAACUCUGAGACGGACUAAUCCACACAAUGGAAAAAAACGCCCUCAAGCUUACUGUAAAUAGACUUUUCUGAGGAAGUUGUUUGCUAUAUUAUAAUUAUUAUGAUAAUUAUUAUUAUUAUUUUUUUAUGUGCUGACCUGACUUCAAUAUACCUUUUUACGGUUUCUUCCACCACUACUUUGCACUAUAUUAUUGACAUGAUACGAGAUCCUAUUGUCUAAAUAAAUGAGGGUCAUCAAAAUUACUGCAAUUAUAGCCGUAUGGCUGUUAUUAAAAAAACUAUUGUUAUUUAUUUUUUAUUUUUGGUUCAGUAGUUUGGACGACCCUUAGUAAAUUAUUUCUCUGUACGCUAACGUUUAGCAGUCUAUUGUUUUGCUGGGACUGUCGAGUUAAACUGAAGGUUUGUGAUUUUUGCCUUGGUGAGGUGCUGCCCCCUUCUGACCAUAACGGGAAGAGAAUAAAAAACUGACUGUUGGAACCUUGAUAAUCCAAAUUUUUCAGAUUAUAGUUUUUAUUCCCAUAAAGCUAAGUCAUAUGUUUGUGAUUCAUCGUACUGUCAUGUUGGUGUAAACAAUUAAUCCUGUAUCUGUGAUGACUGGUCCGGACUCCUUUGUAUACUGUACAACAAUAAACGUUUUCUCAUCCUUGUAAA